CCCGUCGGCUGCUGAGCCCUCUGCCUCACGGAGAGAAAGAUAUGCACGUCGCCCGCGGCCACUGACCAUGACCAUGACCCUCCACACCAAAGCGUCCGGCAUGGCUCUGCUGCACCAGAUCCAAGGCAACGAGCUGGAGCCCCUGAGCCGCCAGCAGCUCAAGAUCCCCCUGGAGCGGCCCCUGGGCGACAUGUAUGUGGACAGCAGCAAGCCGGCCGUGUACAACUACCCCGAGGGCGCCGCGUACGACUUCAACGCCGCGGCCGCCGCCUCCGCGCCGGGCUAUGGCCAGCCCGGCCUCCCCUACGGCCCCGGAGCCGAGGCGGCUGCGUACGGCGCUAACGGCAUGGCGGGCUUCCCGCCGCUCACGAGCGUGUCCCCGAGCUCGCUCGUGCUGCUGCACCCGCCGCCGCAGCUCUCGCCCUUCCUGCACCCGCACGGCCAGCAGGUGCCCUACUACCUGGAGAACGAGCAGGGCGGCUACGGCGUGCACGAGCCCGGCCCGCCGGCCUACUACAGGCCAAAUUCAGAUACCCGGCGCCAGGGUGGCAGAGAGAGAUUGGCUAGUACUGGUGACAAGGGAAACAUGGCCAUGGAAUCUACCAAGGAGACUCGCUACUGUGCAGUGUGCAAUGACUAUGCCUCAGGCUACCAUUAUGGAGUCUGGUCCUGUGAAGGCUGUAAGGCCUUCUUCAAAAGAAGCAUUCAAGGUAAUAAUACCCAUUUAUGCCCNGCCACUAACCAAUGCACGAUAGAUAAAAACAGGAGGAAGAGCUGUCAGGCCUGCCGGCUGCGCAAGUGCUAUGAAGUCGGCAUGAUGAAAGGUGGGAUUAGGAAAGACCGGAGAGGAGGGAGAAUGUUGAAGCACAAACGGCCGAGAGAUGAUGGGGAGAGCAGGAGUGAAGCGGGACCCUCCGCAGACAUGAGAACAGCCAACAUUUGGACAAACACCCUCUUCAUUAAGCACACCAAGAAGAACAGCCCGGCCUUGUCCCUGACAGCCGAUCAGAUGAUCAGUGCCUUGUUGGAGGCAGAGCCUCCCUUAAUCUAUUCUGAGUACGACCCGACUCGGCCCUUCAGUGAGGCUUCCAUGAUGGGCUUAUUGACCAACCUGGCAGACAGGGAGCUAGUUCACAUGAUCAACUGGGCCAAGAGGGUACCAGGCUUCGUGGAUUUGACUCUCCAUGAUCAGGUCCACCUGCUGGAAUGUGCCUGGCUAGAGAUAUUGAUGAUUGGCCUCGUCUGGCGCUCAAUGGAACACCCAGGGAAGCUCCUAUUUGCUCCUAACUUGCUGCUGGACAGAAACCAGGGGAAGUGCGUGGAGGGCAUGGUAGAGAUAUUUGACAUGCUGCUGGCAACGUCGUCUCGGUUCCGUAUGAUGAAUCUCCAGGGAGAGGAGUUUGUGUGCCUCAAAUCUAUCAUUUUGCUUAAUUCUGGGGUAUACACUUUUCUGUCCAGCACUCUGAAGUCCCUGGAAGAGAAGGACCACAUCCACCGUGUGCUGGACAAGAUCACAGACACUCUGAUCCACCUGAUGGCCAAAGCGGGCCUCAGUCUGCAGCAGCAGCACCGGCGCCUGGCCCAGCUUCUCCUCAUCCUCUCCCACAUCAGGCACAUGAGCAACAAAGGCAUGGAGCAUCUCUAUAGCAUGAAGUGCAAGAACGUGGUGCCUCUGUACGACCUGCUGCUGGAGAUGCUGGAUGCCCACCGGCUGCACACCCCGGCCAACCGUGGGGGCGCUCCCCUGGAGGAGAGAAGCCAGAGUCAGCUGGCCACCAUGGGCUCCACUUCGUCGCAUUCCAUGCCAACGUAUUUCUUCAACGGGGAGGCCGAGAGUUUGCCUCCCACCAUGUGA